AUGUCACAGGUGGAAGAAGUUCAGACUACUCAGGGCCAUUCUCAGUUGAUGGUCUCACGAACCGAAGAACAGAUGGAAGAUGUUCAGCAAAGAAUUCAGGAAACGGAUUUUAUGGCUGAAGAAGACGAUGUGGCUCUAGCCGCCUUUGUCCCAAUAGAGAAAUUGCAGGUGAACGGUAUCACUUCUGGUGAUAUCAAGAAACUAAGAGAAAGUGGGUUACACACAGCGGAGGCGGUGGCAUAUGCCCCCAGAAAAGAUUUAAUGGAGAUUAAAGGUAUAUCAGAGGCUAAAGCUGAUAAGUUACUCGCUGAAGCGUCGAGACUAGUGCCUAUGGGUUUUGUCACUGCGGCUGAUUUUCAUUUGCGUAGAAACGAAAUGAUCUGUUUAACUACUGGAUCGAAAAAUCUUGAUACUCUACUUGGCGGAGGGAUAGAAACCGGAUCUAUCACUGAACUGUUUGGUGAGUUUAGAACUGGUAAAUCGCAACUUUGCCAUACAUUGGCUGUCACAUGCCAGAUACCUUUGGAUAUGGGAGGCGGUGAAGGCAAGUGUUUGUACAUUGAUACGGAGGGUACAUUCAGACCGAUUAGGUUGGUUUCGAUUGCGCAGAGGUUCGGUUUGGACCCUGACGAUGCUUUAAAUAACGUUGCAUAUGCAAGAGCUUAUAACGCAGACCAUCAAUUGAAAUUGUUGGACGCAGCUGCACAGAUGAUGAGUGAGUCAAGAUUUUCGCUGAUUAUUGUCGAUUCUAUUAUGGCAUUGUACAGAACCGACUUCUCGGGACGUGGUGAGUUAAGUGCAAGACAGAUGCACCUUGCCAAGUUCAUGAGAUCAUUACAAAGACUAGCUGAUCAGUUUGGUGUCGCAGCGGUAGUGACAAAUCAGGUUGUGGCCCAAGUUGACGGAGGAAUGAUGUUUAACCCUGAUCCAAAAAAACCGAUUGGUGGUAAUAUCAUGGCUCAUUCCUCCACUACUCGUCUUGGAUUCAAGAAGGGGAAAGGUCCACAGAGAUACUGUAAAGUGGUAGACUCACCAUGUUUGCCUGAAGCAGAAUGUGUGUUUGCGAUCUACGAGGAUGGUAUCGGAGAUCCAAGGGAAGACGAUGAUUGA